GUAUUGGAAUUUAUUUCGUUUCAUCGUCUUUUUUUUUAGUCGGAUCAAUUAAAGAAAAUAUUCAACCAAACAAAAAAAAAAAAAAUGAUUCGAUUUGCUAUUGUGGCAUUAAUAUGUGCAGCCACUGUUGUUAAUGGUCAAUAUACUAAAGCUAAAAAUUGUUCCGUCGAUGUUUUCGAUGAAAGUUUUGCUAAAGCAUAUGGUCAUUUUGGUCUUGAAUAUUUGGAAUUGCCUAAAACACAGGCUAAAUUGAAAGAAUAUUGUCGGGAUAUUGCCAAUAAUAAAAUUUUAUCCAAAGAUUUUGGUGAACGUUGUUUGACCGGUACAUCACAAACAUUAUUAAAUCUACAAGUUUACAAUGUUGAUCGUGUGAAUAAACCAUAUUGUGCUAAAAAUGGAAAAAAACGAGAAGCAUUCGUUCGAUGGUCAAAAUGUGGUAAUGCUGCAAAACCGGAAACGAAAAAAUGUUGGGAUGUAAUGAAUGAAGGCAUGAAUUUGGCUCGUAAAGUUGCCAAUAAUAAAUCACGUAUACCAAUUGUUUGCUGUAAAUAUUAUGCCUGGAUCAAAUGUAAUAGUAAUGCAUGGAAAAAAACUGCCGAUUGUGAUCAAGAAUCAAUCGAUGGUUAUGAACAAUUGAUCCAUAAAGCAACUGUUGAUUCAAUGAAUUUAAUCUGUAAUCGUUAUGAAGAUGAUGAUGUUAAAUGUUCGAAAUUAUUUGAAGAAAUACCUAAAAAGAAAGCUAAAAAUCUUCGACCAUCACCAAUUACUUAUAUUUUCGAUAUUUUUGAAUCAUUGUAAAUUGUGAACAUCAUUUUUGUGACCAUAAUGAUCAAAUAUUUGAAACAUAAUUGAUAAAAAUAUUGAAAACAAUCAAACCAAAAUGAAUUUGCAUAAUCUCAUAAUUGUAAACCAAAUAACUAACAAAUAAUUUUUUUUUUGGCAAAAAAAAUGUCUUUUAGACAUUCAUGGUGAUGAU